AUGGCUACUAUCGAUGGAAUUCCUGCUGACAGUAGAAUGUCUUCUUCAAAUCCAUACCAGAAGCAAUCUAACGUUAACAACAUACGCUUCAACAACGACCAUCGGCGUUCGCUUCAUCUUGUAACAUCUUCCCCCGAUGAUGAUAAUCGAUAUCAUGCAUACUCUGACGAGCCACCACUUCCGAGAAGCUUCGAGGAAGACAUUUCUCCAUCAUCUUCAAUUAUAGAUGCAAUGGAAGAGCUUUUUAUAGAUUACGGUCAGAGCGAAACACGGAACAACACAGCUAACCCCAAAUAUGAUCAGCUGACUCGGUCUUCGGUCAUGCGAGACUGUGACAUAAGAGCUCAUCAUCCUGUAGAAGCAGGUGACAAGAUCUCCAUGGGAGUCACACUGACAGAACCUUUCGGUUUCAUAUGGCCGAAAUGCCCUACAGAGAUGGAGAACGCACCGAUGAUAGUCAAAUGGGAAGUUUGCCGUAUUGCAUGCCACUGUUCUUUGAAUUUAGAAGGUGUACCCCUGAAGUAUCUCUCACAAUGGAGAGAUCAGGAUGUUUUCUGGAAAGCCCUGAAACAGUACAAUUGCUUCCGUCAUCAAAACUUGCCACCAAAGUGUGAUAGAGAAGUAUGGGAACAAAGCCAUGGACAAGAUCUUAACACGGAAAGAGCUGUAGAGUAUAAGGCCAGGCUACACUUUGACGAUCCAAACAAGGAACCAUUGCUGGAGCUUGAGAAACCUGUGCUUGGAAAAAGCUCCCGACUUCGUCGAAAAUUUGGUUUCAAUCGUUUUACAGAACUUCAGCUGCUCUUUAGCGAUAAAUGCGCGACAAUCCUCAAAAAUAAAGACAAAAAGAGAGUACUAGCCAGAUGGCUAGUCCGAGAGCGUCAUCUAUUUCUGACUCAGGAAUGGGUAGCAGUUUUCAUCGAGGAAAUACAAUCAAGAAAAGGAAAACUCGGCUUAGUCGCACCUAGGAAAACUGGCAAACACGUUGUUCUGUUCGCAGAGCACGUGAAAGGAUUCAACAUCGGCUCUAAUAUGCCUGCAAGGGCUAGUCUGAUCAAUCGUCCAUCAGCUUCCACGUCAGUUGAUUCAUUUUGUGACAGGUACGAUGUACUGGACUGGCUUUUGCAGCUUGAUUCCAACACAGAUCAGCCUUACAUUAAGCUAUUUCAUCGAAUUUCGUUAGGCCUAAGCAAAACAACCCCUACUGUGUUGCUCUCGGAAAGGUCUAUUCGGAAAAUGCAUACAGAUGUUAUAUCUCCAAACGGUACGCCCAUGAACGAUGGCAUCGGAAAAGUUUCUCAGCUGCUUAUGAGGGAGGUGCGGGAUGCCAUGGGUCUGGACUUUCUCCCAGCAGCGAUUCAAGCUAGGAUUGGUGGGGCUAAAGGGCUCUGGAUGAUGGAUCUAAGUCCUUAUUCCCUAGACGAGCGCUGGAUCGAGAUAUAUCCAUCGCAGCGAAAAUGGGAUUGUAACUGGUCUGAUCCCGGACACCGAACCUUGGAAGUGAUUUCAGUUUCUUGUUAUACGGGACCAGCCUUUCUGAACCUCCAGUUCAUUCCAAUCUUGGAAGAGCGAGCAGUUAAUCGAAAGCUCAUGCGCAGAAUUCUUUCCGAACGCAUAGGCGAGCACCUUCGUAACGACUUGGACAAUGUCAAAGCAGCCACAGAAACACCGGAGGUCUUUCGAAAGUGGAUCCAUGGAACUUCCUACACCACGUUUGGUGAUAGACAAGAUGGCACAUCAUGGUUUGUGGGAGGUUUACCUUCAAACUGGCCUGGGACAAUGAGCUUUCUUGCUGACGGCGGUUUUGAACCAAUGAGGCUCGAGUUCCUCAAUAGUAUGAUGUUCGAUCAUCAAAAAGACCGUUGGAAACAUAUGGAAACCAAGCUUCAUAUCAAGAUUACCAAGUCAACUUCGGCAUUGAUGACCGUCGAUUUCCAGGGGGUCCUGGCGCCAAAUGAGGUUCAGCUGUGCUUUUCACCGGCAUUUGAUGAUGGACAACAGACCCUUGAUGACCUUGGUGGAUUUCAGGUGCUUGUUGGCCGCUGCCCAGCACAUCUACCAAGCGAUAUUCAAAAGGUAAAUGCUGUGUUCAAGCCAGAGCUACGACACUUCAAAAAUGUCAUCGUAUUCUCUUCUUUAGGCGACGAGCCACUAGCAAAUAAGCUCUCAGGGGGGGAUUAUGACGGAGAUAAGGCCUGGGUUUGCUGGGAUCCAGACAUAGUCGACAAUUUCAAGAGCACUGACAUGCCUUCACCGCACAAUUUCGAGGAGUACUUCCAGCCCAACACUCAGACGUUAGGAAGUCUAGCAUCCCGAUACGGCAGGCCUCACUAUUUGGACAUGUUUUUGGAAAAAGCCUUCGACUUCCAUCUUAACCCCUCUUUCAUGGGCAUUUGCACAAGCUAUAAAGAAAGCUUAGCUUAUCAUGAGGGCAGUAUCGGAAAUGAGAUCGUCAUCAAACUGAGCUUGCUUUUAAGUGCGCUCGUGGACCAAGAGAAAAGCGGUUUCGAAUUUGACGACAAUAGUUGGUGUCGUAUCAAGGAAGAGCUGUGUGGUGGCAAAAUGUUCCUGAAAGCUCCAACCUAUAAAACCGACAACCUUGCGGCUUUAGCUACCUCGAACCAUAUUAUCGAUUUCCUCAAACUUAGAAUACACCAGCGGAUACAAGACGGGAUCAGAGAGUUUUCUGAUUACCAAAAGUGUUCUGGCAUUGGAUACGAUAAACCACUGCUCACCACGUUUGAUCCAGACCUUGUUAGGUAUUGGAACGAUUUUGAGGACCAAGCAAACCAGAUAACAUCACUAUUCGAUCCAUCUUCCUGCUGGUUCAAAGACUUCCGGUCAAGUCUCAUUCAGGAAAUAGAUGAAUGUGGGACAUAUUGGAAGAAGGCGAUGUCUGGCAAAGAACACUACCUGACCAAGGUCGUCCCUGUUCAUGAACGGUGGAAGGAUAUCUCACCGGUUAUUAAAAGUGACUCGCUAGUUGCAUCUCUAAUGGCAUCCUCACUCAAAAGUGGGGUAGGGAGCUCGAAAGAGUUAGAACCGUGGGAUCUUCUCAAAGCUAGUCUCACCUUUAAGAGACAUCAUCAACGUACCAAAUUCGUUUGGUACAUAGCAGGUCGGCAACUACAGUUUAUCAAAGCUUGUAGAGGAAGAGGUAAUAAUGGGAAUGGUAUACUGCCACCGAUUCCUGUGGUUUCGAGGAUGUACAGAAUCCUGCGUCCAGAUACAAGACGAAUUGAGAGGGUCCUUGCUAGUCAAGAAGAGAAUUUUGAGGAUGAUUGA